AUGAUUGGUGGUGUUGGUGGUGUUAACAUUGCUAACGAAAGAAAUUUAGAAAUGGAACAAAUUUACUUUUCAACAGUGAUACCAAAGAAACAUAGAGCUACUAUGGUCAUGAAAAAUGAGUCGUACAAGAAUGCCGAUUACAUGGAUAUGGUUGCUUGGUUACGUAAAGAGUUAAAGAUCGAGGGAAAGGAACGUAUCAAGAACGACUUGAAAUCAUUCCUCCGUUCGAUUCCAGUUGGUGACUAUGUCAAGUUUACCGUUUCAUUGGAGCAUGACCAGAGUGUAAUUAGUGCAAUGGGGUCUGGCAUGCUUGGAUUUGUAUCUGAACACGUGUUGGAUGCCUUUGAUACAUUGGAUUUCAACGGAAUCGAGAUUUGGAAGCAAACCCAUAUGAACCAUGAACCAUCGACCGAGGAACUCAUGAAAAAGUUCCAUUUGGAUCAUUUGCACCACGUCAAAAUCGAACAUCAAGUCCCAUCGCAUCCAAAACACUACCAUGGAACUACCAUUAGAGAUCCAAUUCCAAAAUCAUCAUCGACCAAAAAGACUGGUAGAACUUCUUCACCAUCUCCAAGUUCAAAGGGUAAAUUAGUACUUUCUCCACAAAUACUUGGUACAAAGGCUUAA